UACGAACUGAGGCCUGAGGACUUAAGUCAUUCCCCUUCGCGAACGUUUGCGACGAGUUCUUAAUGUCGGUUUACCCAGCUCGAUGAAUCAUUGCGUCUCCCUGAAAUUGGAACUGGGAUCCCGAAUGCAUUGCACUUGUACGACUCAGCCGCACACUCAGCACACGUCCCGUCUAUGGCGCCCAAGGACUUGUAAUACGUGUCUUUCUCUUCGGAGAAGCUCAUGACCUUCGCAGACGCGUAUCUUACAAGUAGAUUACCCCUUGACGCAAAGUCUCUAUUAUGGGAUCAGACGUCUAUAUAAGACACCAGUGGCCAACCAGAGAUCGCAACUGCAGGGUCUCGCGGGCCCGUCUCGUCUUGUCUGUUACACUUUUUGUCAAGAAUGGAUGCUGUGACCACGCAAUCUUUUGUGGCUAUCGCGAGUUUAACGAUUCUGUGCUGGGAUCAUAUGAUCACCUUUGCGGACGAGGUAGACUUAAUCUGGUGUCAACCCAAAAAAAUUCUUGGGUGGCUCUUUCUGCUGAAUCGAUAUAUCACGCCUCUGGGAUUUGUUGUUAACAUCAUUGUGUUGACCCUCCCCAAUUGGCCCACAGAGAUGACUGGCAUCAAACUGCUGUUAAGUUGCAGAAAUUUCGUCAGAUACCAAGGUGCCAUGGCGAUCCUUGGUGUCAGUAUAGCAGAAUUGAUAAUGCUGAUGCGGAUUCGUGUUUUGUAUCGGGAACGCAGGCUUGUCGUUGCGGCCGCAGGCUUUCUCUUAUUAGUUCGGGUUGCACUUGAGGCAUGUUUGAUGACUCUUGGUAAAAUUGUUCCUUAUGUUCAACAAAUACACUCCUGUCAUGAGGAUUAUGAUUUGCCGCUGGCUCUCUCUGUUACUCGGGCAUGGUUGCCUUUAGCAUACGACACUGCCAUUUUUGUCAUGACCCUAUGGCGCACCUAUCAUCGGAAUGAAAUUAGUCCUAUUUUGCCAGCAUUACAAUCCGAGGGUAUAUUGUACUACAUUGUUAUAUGUUCUGCUAACCUAGUACUGACUGUGAUGAUAGUACGAGCGCCCCCGGGCCUGAAGGGCGUUGUCAUGACGUCGCGGGUCACGCUUCAUCUGAAAAAGCAAGUCCGUGACCAACAGCCUUGUUCGCCUACGGUGUCAAGGUUUCCACCUGGACACCAGCAGAGGUUCUUCGCGGACCAUGAUUCACAGCUGAAAUUACCAUGUUCAACAACUCCUAUUCCACCAAUCCCAAUAAAAUUGGAUCCCACGGACGAUACUCAAACCUUUGGAAGUGUUGAUGUGGAGUCUUUAUGAUCGUGCCAUGCUCAAUAACCCUAGGGCAUUGUCCUAGCCAUGGGUAGUACAAUUUUGCCCUGCGCGCUGCGACGGAAUGCUCAGGAAGCCUGUGCCAUCCUCACACCAGUCAGCUGGGCAGGCAGUGGUAGCGCUGGCACCGGAACAGAACGUGCACUGUAUCAUACGUGUUUCGACCUCCAUUUUGGAUGACCGAACACCUGCGCCUUCUGAAUGCCAUACGCGCAGUCACAUAGUUACGAUCACGCAGUUACAUGGUCGUUAUUUUGAUAUUGAACCAAGAAAUGUAUACAUAUCUUACAAAGGCAGGAUACAUUGCAAGGAGGAUGAUCGUGGAAGCUAUUUAUGUUAGAUCCUGUAUGCACCGGCCUUUUAUCAACUCUCCUUAUCAGGCCGGGGCCACAAUCUACAUGCCAACGUCCCACGCCUGGCACGCCAGU